CAGAAAUGAAAUACAUCAUGAUUGUUUUGUUGGCCUUAGCAGCUACAAGCUCAGCAUCAAAAACUUAAGACUAAAUUUUGGCUCUUUUAUAAACAGGAACAAAAGCAAGUGAUGCUAUUGAUACAGUCUUUGGAUUGUUGAACGAUUUGAAAUAAUCAAAUAUUGAUGCAUAAUUCGCAGCUGAUCAAAAGAAUGAAACAGAUGAAUGGGUUGGUGCAUAAACAAUUGAAUAAUUCACCAAAAUCAAGGCCUUGAACUAGAAGUUAUUCCAAUAAGCAGUUGAGAAUAGAGCUGAAUAUGAAAGUGUUUUGUAGCAAACCAAAAACUAUUUGGCAUGGAAUGAAGCCAGAAGAGACUCCAUCGCUGCCAAAAUUGAAACACUCCAAGACAACCAAUGUUUCAGCAACUAGUUAUUCGUCAAAUCCAUCAAACACAACUAAGAAGCCCUUGAAGUUAUCAGACUUUUAAAACAAGACGUUGCUGGUUAUAUUAUCAAUGGAGAUUCCUUCGAAUUCACAUAAGUCUAAGCAUAAUCAGUGGCUGAAAAGUUGAAAUAAUACAGCAAUUUAUUCUAAGAACAUCAAAUCAAAACAUUCUUGGCCUUAGCUUAAGAAUAAUAAGAAUAAUCAUCAGGAAACGGAUCAACCUUGGCUGAAAAAGUGUUGGCAGUCUUGGAAGGAUUACAUUCUGAAUUGGAAGGCUCAUUAGAAAAUUUGAAAUAAAAUGAAAUCAAUGCCUCAUGGGAAUUGGCUGGUUGGGUCUCAUUAUCUGAAGCUGAAAUUACAUCAUUGGAAGUUGAAUAUGAAAGAAAAUAAGUCUUUGCUGAUAGAACUGCCACUUAAAUCCAAGCUGCCUUGGCCCAAUAAGCUAAAUCUAAAAUCAUUUUAUAAGAAUCACAAGAUGCCUUGGAUCAAGCCUAAUCCGAUUUGGAAUCAAAGAGAGCUGAUUAUGCAGAAGCCAAAGCUAAAAGAAACGAAGAGAAUGCCAUCUUGGAUGAAGUAAUCAUAAUGUUCAAGAAAUAAGUUGCUUCAUGGUCAGGAAGAUGAUAUCUGUGAUAGAUAUACAACAUUAUGUCAUUUAUUAAGCAACAUCUUAUUAUUAA